CCAUCGCCAUCGCCAUCGCCAUCGCCAUCGCCAUCGCCAUCGCCAUCGCCAUCGCCAUCGCCAUCGCCAUCGCCAUCGCCAUCGCCAUCGCCAUCGCCAUCGCCAUCGCCAUCGCCAUCGCCAUCGCCAUCGCCAUCGCCAUCGCCAUCGCCAUCGCCAUCGCCAUCGCCAUCGCCAUCGCCAUCGCCAUCGCCAUCGCCAUCGCCAUCGCCAUCGCCAUCGCCAUCGCCAUCGCCAUCGCCAUCGCCAUCGCCAUCGCCAUCGCCAUCGCCAUCGCCAUCGCCAUCGCCAUCGCCAUCGCCAUCGCCAUCGCCAUCGCCAUCGCCAUCGCCAUCGCCAUCGCCAUCGCCAUCGCCAUCGCCAUCGCCAUCGCCAUCGCCAUCGCCAUCGCCAUCGCCAUCGCCAUCGCCAUCGCCAUCGCCAUCGCCAUCGCCAUCGCCAUCGCCAUCGCCAUCGCCAUCGCCAUCGCCAUCGCCAUCGCCAUCGCCAUCGCCAUCGCCAUCGCCAUCGCCAUCGCCAUCGCCAUCGCCAUCGCCAUCGCCAUCGCCACCAUCGCCAUCGCCAUCGCCAUCGCCAUCGCCAUCGCCAUCGCCAUCGCCAUCGCCAUCGCCAUCGCCAUCGCCAUCGCCAUCGCCAUCGCCAUCGCCAUCGCCAUCGCCAUCGCCAUCGCCAUCGCCAUCGCCAUCGCCAUCGCCAUCGCCAUCGCCAUCGCCAUCGCCAUCGCCAUCGCCAUCGCCAUCGCCAUCGCCAUCGCCAUCGCCAUCGCCAUCGCCAUCGCCAUCGCCAUCGCCAUCGCCAUCGCCAUCGCCAUCGCCAUCGCCAUCGCCAUCGCCAUCGCCAUCGCCAUCGCCAUCGCCAUCGCCAUCGCCAUCGCCAUCGCCAUCGCCAUCGCCAUCGCCAUCGCCAUCGCCAUCGCCAUCGCCAUCGCCAUCGCCAUCGCCAUCGCCAUCGCCAUCGCCAUCGCCAUCGCCAUCGCCAUCGCCAUCGCCAUCGCCAUCGCCAUCGCCAUCGCCAUCGCCAUCGCCAUCGCCAUCGCCAUCGCCAUCGCCAUCGCCAUCGCCAUCGCCAUCGCCAUCGCCAUCGCCAUCGCCAUCGCCAUCGCCAUCGCCAUCGCCAUCGCCAUCGCCAUCGCCAUCGCCAUCGCCAUCGCCAUCGCCAUCGCCAUCGCCAUCGCCAUCGCCAUCGCCAUCGCCAUCGCCAUCGCCAUCGCCAUCGCCAUCGCCAUCGCCAUCGCCAUCGCCAUCGCCAUCGCCAUCGCCAUCGCCAUCGCCAUCGCCAUCGCCAUCGCCAUCGCCAUCGCCAUCGCCAUCGCCAUCGCCAUCGCCAUCGCCAUCGCCAUCGCCAUCGCCAUCGCCAUCGCCAUCGCCAUCGCCAUCGCCAUCGCCAUCGCCAUCGCCAUCGCCAUCGCCAUCGCCAUCGCCAUCG